AUUCACUGCGAACGGACGGGAUCACCCGGAUCCCGUUCUGCGACAGUAGUCGCUUUCGGUCUCACGACAGUUUGCCUCGUGGAUCCAUCACGUGUAUUAUGUACCUCGUUCUUGUGCGUGACAUUUCGUCGAACGGUUCCGUGUUCACGUGUCACGAAUUUACUCGACGAUUUCUGACCGGAAACUAUGUAUACUUUAACAGAAUAUUACCCACUUUAAGCUUGCACACGUCAGUAGACAUCGACGUGCCUAACGACUAUUUCAUCAUUUAAUCUUUAAAUGUCAAUGUUUUCAAUUCGUCGUGUCAACCUUUUAACUUUCUCGAAUUGUUUUGCAAUUUUGUUAGCGCUCUUUACGUCCGUUAACAAACAAACAAGCUUUUUCAUCAAACAGUGAUCAAGUGUCUCAAAAACAAGAUCUCUAGGAUUGAACUUGUAAAUCCCACUUAAAAAGGAACGAGGGAAGGAGAGCUGACAGGACGAGGCGAGGCGAGGUUCGCGACACUACGGCGGUCGCAGUGCGAAACGACAGCAGGAGCGAGGAAAGGAUGGCCGAACGUCUUCUUCAGGGCACGCCAGUCAGGAUGCUCGCCGUCUGCAUGGUCUACCUUUUCACGCUCCUCGGUUCGUACUGUCAGAUGGCACCAGCCGUAGCCGGUGCCACCAGAGGCUGGGAAGCAGGAAGCGGCCACAAAUACAGAUUAACGAACACCCUGAUCUUCAGGGAGGCCGGGUCACCGAAAUCCGGAGGUGAUGUAGGCUUUCAGUUGACCAGCGAGCUGGAUGUCACCGCUGUCUGGCAAGAUUCUAAUGAUCCUAAUAGCUUUUUGCUUAAAUUCAAGCUAUUAUCGCCGCAGUUAUGGAUCAAAUCGCGUCGAGCUCCGGAGCCGGAGGGCUUCGUGGAGCAUUCGUCCAAGAUAGAGCGGGUCGCCGAAAAGCCCUUCUUCGUCCUAUGGCGAUACGGCGACGUCGAGGCGAUUUACGUGGACUCAGCCGAGAACGCGUCUUCUGCGAAUUUAAAACGCGGCCUGGCGAGUCUCUUUCAGUAUCGAACCCUCGACGACGAGGUGCGUCAACGUGACGCUUCCGGCGUCUGCGACGUCGUCUACGUCUCCACCGGAGAGAACCUCAUCGAGAAACGAAAGACUGCUUGCACGUACGACACAUUACCGCCGCCGAGGCGACACCCGAACCCGGUGUUCGCCGUCAAGCUCGAAAGUUAUCGCAAUACCAAGUACGCGCUUACGCAAUCGCUGCUGCCGGAACGCGUGACGGACUACGAGGGACAUAAGAUGACCUUGGCGGCCAAGAUAGAUGUCGGCACGAACGUCGUGUCGGAAAGAACGUUGGAACAGAUGUCGGGGAUCCUGGACGUGAACGUCGUCCAAGCGGAUUCCGCGAGGCACGCGGUGAUGGUCCUCGAGCCUGGAUACAAAGAGACCAGUCUCGAGCUACAACCGGAGCCCGUCACGUGUCCUGACACCGGAUGUCCUACGAUCGAACAAACGAUCGAGGAAAAUCGCGAGGCGCUUCUCCCUUCUGCGCUAGGUACAGCGAAAUCAGCAUCGGCCUUCCUCAAGCUUCUUCCUCUAAUCAAGAACGCCUUACCAGAGGACCUACACAAGAUCCUAAAGACGCCGCGCUAUCGUCGAAUGAAGAUGCAACUCCUAGACGUAUUCGGCUCCGCGUCUACGUUGCCCGCUCAUCAAGCUGCCAUGAAGAUCCUGCGGCAGGACGAGCACGGCGACGAGACCGAGAGGUACCUGUGGGCCCUGUCUCUCUCGCCGACACCGAGUGUCGACAUCGCCAAGGAGAUUCUCCGACGCUCCGAGGAGACGAUGCAGAACGACAAGGUAGCCGAGACCUACGCGCUCGCUGCUGGCGCGAUGGCGCGACAUUCUGGCUCGCCUGCGCUGAUAAAGAACGCGAGGAUCAGCUUGGAACUGGGUCUGGAGACUUGCAGCGACGAGGAGUGCAAGCUCAAAUUUUUGCGGGCUCUGCGAAACCUGAAGAGCCCAGUGGCGAUUCCCACGUUGUUGUCGCACGCGUUCAGCGACAACAAAGCCAUCAGCGUCGCAGCUUGGCGAGCCCUGGCGGCUCUUCCUCGCGAGGAUGUAACCGAACAGCUGAAGGCUGCGGCUCACCGAGCCUUCUACCAGAUCGGAGGACCGCGAAGGGACAGCAGCGCGCGAACGAUCGCGUUGGACAUCAUCCUGGAGAACGAGCCUUCCGAACAAGUCCUGCGUGACUUCGUCAACUAUCUGAGCGGCAACGACCCGGCCUACGAGGUCCGCAAGUAUCUCGGUCAACGAUUGGAACAAAUCGCCGAGAAGAACGAGCGAGUCGCAGGAUACCUCGAGAACAUAUACGCGGCCGGCGAUACGAGAUUUAAUAAUUAUCACGCGCGAGCGCAGAGAGGUCUCACCACGGCCUUUACGAGAAAUUUCUUGCGCUCGCCCGAGAGCAACGGUUCCUUAGUAACCAUUCAGGAGGUGAAGUCCGGUCUGCUCAAGCGCGGCAUCGUAGACGUCGUGCUGGAGACCAACGAACAACAGCAGGCGAUGUUCUCGCUAGGAUUAUUCGCGACUGGUCUCGGCAGCUUCAUGUCUAGCCAGGAGAGUGAAGCGGAAGCUGCCGACGAUGAGGUGGCUACUGCCGGGAUGGAGAUAGACCUUCUCGGAGUCGGCGUGCGACCAUUUAUCUUCUUUUCCGGUCAGGGCGAGCUGAUGGGCCACGUCUGGUCCGGCACGGCGUCCGAGAGGACCCCUGCCUUCCAAGCUCUCGCUUCGUUGUACAAUUACAACGAGUACGUGCCAUUAGGAUCCGGCUUCGUCGCCGAGAUCGACGUUCAGGGCGCCGUAAGCUUCGACCUGGCCGGGCAGAUUCAGCUGAGUCUCUGGUCGAGGAACGCGCAGUCCCUGGUGGAAAUGGACGCCGGCGUGAUGGUCCACGGAGGCACCAGGGUGCACUCGAGCUUCGUGCAGAGCAAGGCGGAGUUCUCGAUGACUAUGGAGCCUAAACUCGAAUUGUCUACCGACGUGGAUUUUUCCGGGCCGGUCUCGCUGUGCAUGAGGCUCAGCCAGCCGAUCACGACGGUGAAGCAGCAGGUGUACAAGAUCGAGAGAAUACCCGGCAGUCGGCACAGACUGAGGAAAACGCGUCGGAUGAAGAUUCACUCGCCCGGCAGGUCUUACAAGCUCAAUCAAAAGAACAACGAGAUGUGCGCGAAAUUCGCGCUCAGUUAACGUCAGCAACGCAGCCCGAAGAUUAUUGCUCAGUAACUUUUUUUUAUACUAAGUGAUCGCGAUAUCAAACUGUUUCUUUUUACCGUUGUGAACCUCGAUAGUGUUAAGGAUUGAAUUUAAGUACGAUAAUAUAGCAGCGUAUAUACAUGUAUGAAAUCGAUGGAUAGAUUGCGGAUCGAUAGAUAACGUUACACUUGAACCUCGAUAUAAUGCUCGAAUUGAAGUUAUUCAAAUUAUAUUAAUGUGAAGCGUUAUUAUGAAGAAAUGAUAUUUAUAACAAGAUCUCGCUUUUUGUAAUGUCGCAAUUUUUAACCAUAAUUUAUUUUUUGUAUCCGUUAUUCCUAUUCAAUUUUAAUUUGAUCAACAUUAUAUACAAUAAAGAUAUUUAUUAUAUUUAGGUAUUCUCUUCUCUUCGAGCUCCAUUAUAUCGAGAUUCGACUGUAUUUAUAUUUUAUACAUUUGUACAUUCAUUUCUACAAACGUAAGCGUUUCGCUGUUAAUAAAAAAAGCAUGAAAAAAGUGUCUCUCGGCAUAACGUCCAACAUAAUAUCUAUCAGCGACAACCGCAUUCCGAGACGACCAUGUCCUCGUAGCCAUACUCAUAGGUCAAAGUACCGCUUGCGUCCAGAUAGAGGAGACUCGUGGGUGCCAACCUGGUCGGUACGCAGCAGGGUCUGCCGACAAAUUUGUUACCACCGAGAUCUUCGCUGGCUUGAAGAGCACCGUGUAUCAACGUCUGCACUAUCGCGUGCUUGGUCGGACUGAGAUGAUCGCCGAACGGGAAGGAACAUUUCCCGGAGCACUGAUAAGCCUCGUAUCCUGGUGGGGCGACCACCCACUCGUCGUAGGCGAUCAAGGCGAAGUCCACGUACAUCGGACGUCGACGGCAGCCGUUGCGACGUCGUCUACGCGGCGUCUCCGCGUCCCAGCGAUCCUGAUCCUCCGGCUGAUCCUCCGCGGAUCGACGACGGCGCUGGAUCUUGCUGUAAUUCAACAGGAGGAUCGGACUGUCGCCGUAAGGACGAUAGGUCAACCUUCCGUGAACCCGGAGUCGGACGAUCUCGCCGGUGUUCCUGCCUGCGACGGCGGAAGUGACGUCGAAGGCGCGCCAGGCGUCGUCCUUCCUCGAGCUUAGGAUCUCCUCGCUUCCGUUUCUCCUUGACGGAUCGUUCAACGAUCGCACCCGGAUUAUCGCGCCGGCUAUCCCGAGUAAUUCCGCAGCUUCCAGCGUCUCGUCGAGGUCGACCGUCGGAAUCGCGAAUUCUAGGAUCCUACCGCCGUCGCGGAGCGGACCGGAAGUGUGCACCGGCUGAAUCGCGCGGACCACAUCGGCGUCCGGACGUCGAUGGUAUAAUUGCAGCAUGUAUCUAGACAAGGUGCUUCGAUGUUUCCGACGAGUGGAUAGCUUCGUGUCGAUUCUAUUCAAAGGAGGACGAUGCGAGGUAGUCCAGGACGAUGACGAAGACAAGGAUGACGGGAUCGAUAGAUCAAAGUGGAUCAAAGCUUUCGCGCGCAUACUCCAACAGCUGAUCGAUCCGGUCUUCCAUAAACAGCAGACGGAAAAUGUACCCGCGAUUAACAACAACCAAUAAUGCCCGGUGGUGAAUCGCAUGAUAAACCCUCGAUGUAUUUAGAAGGCGGAAUGGCGAUAGAUCUUACGAGGGAAACUCCAAUAAGAUAUAAUAAAUAGAAUAUGUUGCUCCUUCAACAAAAUUUUUUUUAAGGUUUCUUUUAAUUUUUUAUAUCAUUAAACCUGGAUAAAAUCCACAGGAAUCGUAAAGAUAUGAAGAUGCAAUUAUUUCACAGAUAUUUCACUUCACGAGACUUUUUAAAAUAAACCAGAAGUUGCACGUGUA